CGAUAGAACUUUUUUCAACCACAUCCUCGCCAGCCUCAUCGGUACUACCCUCGAGAUACCUCCUAUCCCGUCCCUGAUUUGAGAAUCUCGAUAUCCCACAGUCAAAAUGGUCAAGACUUCCGUCCUCAACGAUGCGCUUAACGCCAUCAACAACGCCGAGAAGGCUGGCAAGCGCCAGGUCCUGAUCCGUCCUUCCUCCAAGGUCAUCGUCAAGUUCCUCAGCGUCAUGCAGAAGCACGGCUACAUUGGCGAGUUUGAGGAGGUCGAUGACCACCGUUCCGGCAAGAUCGUCAUCCAGCUCAACGGCCGUCUUAACAAGUGUGGCGUCAUCAACCCCCGCUACCCCGUCCAGCUCCGUGACCUCGAGAAGUGGGCCACCCAGCUCCUUCCCUCUCGUCAGUUCGGCUACGUCGUCCUGACCACCUCCGCUGGUAUCAUGGACCACGAGGAGGCUCGUCGCAAGCACGUUGCUGGCAAGCUCCUCGGUUUCUUCUACUAGACAAUUUACGAAAAAGUUCAUGUCUUGAUUUGUAUCGGGAUACAUGUGACCUGGUGAGGUCCGAGCGAGGAAUGUGCUCAGGAGCAACAGUGUCUUGGCGAGGAGUUGAGGAUAUACCCUGGCAGAAACGCCAUAGAUAGUUUUGAGUGAUCUUGCUCCAUUAAACCAAGUCAUUUUGUUCUGAUCAAUUUAUUGCCCUUGUGUGUAGACAAUUUGUAGCGUUGUAAGGGUAGUAGCGGAUUCAUGCUUAGUAGUGUCUGAAAAACCUGUCUUGUUUCUGCUACUGAGCUCAGAGUAGCGUAGUUUUCUCUCAUCUCUAGGAGGUAUAACUUAAUGGUGUCGUAGUGCUCACAAUGCUAUGAUUUCUUCCUAGGGUUCAGUCAUGACAGGAGCGGAAUAGUGGCAUAGUCGGACGGAACUCAAUUAAUCCAAAGUUUCGGAGGCCGGGAGUGUAUGUAUUAUGAAAGCGGAAGUCCGCAAUCCCCGAGCCCGAGCAGUUUUGAUAAGGGUGUCCCACCUAUAAAUACUAAACAGACAUUUUCUCC